ACUCAACCGAAAGAGAUGGGUUGUUGCACUGCGCCGGGGGCUGGGUGACGGAAAUCCUAAUUUUUCAAGGCUGAAGGAGGAUCUACGGCUUUUUUAAAAAAAAAAAGAUCAUUUCCAUCAACCCUUCAGCCGCUGUGGGCGGUGCAAAGGCGGGCGAGGCGCGGAGCCUGCAGCGCGGUGCAGUUGUCUGUCCCAGCGCUGCGGUCCGGGAUGGACAGUGGGAGACGGCGGCUUCGGGAAAAGACAAUUGUCAGGGAAAAGGAGGAAACAUGACAUUCCCGUGACAGAGUCCCGUCGGGACAGCAAGCUUGCUCGCGGAUGGUUUGACGUUGGGAAGCGUGACGUUCGCCGCGACUCUGUGAGGUGUUUCGCCGCAAGAUGCUAGUUGGCGUGGGGGUGCAGGGGCGAGUGACCCCCACGAUCUUGUCCCUUCUGCUGUGUCCACUCCUGUUGGCUACGGGCACGGCCAGCCUGCCGGCGGCCGGCAGCGAGGGUGUGGUGACCGCAUCUGCCGAGGGAGUUCCAGUGGCUGUCUCACCUGCCUGUCACAGGAAAACUGGACAGCGCCACCCUGUGGCUGAUGUCCCGGCCCCGGUGCGGAGUGGGAGAUGGAGAGAGCCACUCCGCUUGGGCCCAGCGGGUCAGGGGCAUCUUCUCGGGCAUGGGAGGCCGGGGGGCGCGGCGCCAUCGCAGCAAGCGCUACAGCCAGCAAGGGGAGAAGUGGUCUAAGCGGCAGCUGACCUACCGCCUCGUGAACUGGCCCCGGCACCUCUCUCCGGGGCAGGUCCGGCUGGCGGUCCGAGCCGCUUUCCAGCUGUGGAGCAACGCCUCCGCCCUGGCUUUCCGGGAGCUCACCCACGGGCCCGCCGACAUCCGCCUGGCAUUCUACGAAGGCGAGCACAACGAUGGCACGGGGAACGCCUUCGAUGGCCCAGGGGGAGCUCUGGCCCAUGCCUUCUUCCCCUGCCGCGGCGAGGCUCACUUCGACAUGGCCGAGCGCUGGACCCUGAACGGGCACAAGGGGCACAACCUGUUCGUGGUGACGGCGCACGAGAUCGGGCACACGCUGGGGCUGGAGCACUCCCCCGUCAGGAACGCGCUCAUGUCGCCCUACUACAAGAAGCUGGGCAGGGCCUUCGUCCUGAGCUGGGACGACAUCGCUGCGGUGCAGCGGCUCUAUGGGAAGCCGCCCAGCGGGCUGGCCGUCCAGCUCCCUGGACAGGUAUACAGCUCCUUCCUGCAGGACUGGGAGUCCACCGAGGGCACUCAGGGCCCUGGCCCUGCCCUGCCCCCAUACUGCCAGACCUUCUUCGAUGCCAUUACCAUGGACCAGAACCGCACGGUGUACGUGUUCCGGGGCGCGCGGUUCUGGACGGUGUCGGCGCAGGGCCGCGCCAGCGCCGCCCUGCCCCUCCAGCGCCGCUGGCCCCAGCUUCCUGCCAGCGUGGAGGCCGCCGCCGUGUCGCCGCCGGAGGGCAAGUUCUACUUCUUCAGAGGCGGGCGCUUCUGGCGCUUCUCGGGCAGCAGGCUGGACCCCGGGUUCCCCAGGAGGAGCAGCGCCGCCGGCCUCCCGCGGCACCCCGACUACGCCUUCUACUACCCUCCACUGGGCAACAUGGUGCUGGUCAAGGGCCCCCGCUACUUCGUGCUGAACCUCAGGAGCCUGACGCCCGAGCCCUACUACCCCCGCGGCCUGGCCGACUGGAAGGGGCUGCCCCAGGGCGCCAACGGGGCGGUGGGGCGGCCCGAUGGGCUGUACUUCUUCAAGGACGAGCUGUUCUGGAGGUUCGACCCGGGCCGGGUGCGGGUGGUCAGCCGUGGCCGGUGGGCCCCGGAGCUGGAGUGGACCGGCUGCCAGCGGGCCCACGGCACGGACGCCAACUCUGUUCACUGAGCAGCAGGGGGCGCCAACGCCAGCAGGGGACAUGUGCAACCUUCACAACCCCGUCUUACUCGUCUCCGGUGGGCCGCGCGCUGGUCAGCUUUGCUGCCCUGCAGCGCUGGGGCCCUGGGUCCAAUUCCUGAGCUGCUGUCUGCGCGGAGUUUGUAUGUUCUUCCUGUGUUCAUAUGGGUUUCCUCCCACAGUCUACAGACAGGCUGGUAGGGUAAUGGGCCCUGGUGUGUGUGUCUGUGUGUGCCCUGCAAUGGACUGGUGUCCUGUCCAGGAUUCACCCUGGAUGUGCUCAUUGCUUGCUGGGAUAGACUCCAGCUCCCCAGUGAUCCAGCCUGGGAAGAUGCAGUUAGAAUAUGGGUGGAUUCUGACAUUGUCACCCAGCCCACGGCCAGAGGCUUCAGGUCACUGACAGGAGCGGCUGGGACUGAGUCACGACAGGCUGCGUUUCCAGACAUGCUGCUGAUACACAGGAGUGAAGACACGUCAGUGUUUUUUCACAUAAACCAUACACGAAAAAUGAUGUGUUACAAACUGGCUCAAUGCUAUUUGAUCCGUGCAUUAACAUAACUCUGUCUUAAGUCAAUCUUUAAACAUUUGCAUUUAAACAACUUAAAACAAGUGCAUUUAAAAAUGAACCUUUUUGAAAAGUACUGAGUCUUGAGGCAAUAAGCAAAUACAAGUAAUGCAAACCAAUGUUUAAUUUCAUAUACUGUAUAUAUAUAUAACUUAUAAAAGAUUUGCCUUGAAUAAUAUUACGUAUGACUUUAUAAAGUUUGAUAAAUGUUCAGGCACUGCAGGAUAAGCGCACUGAGUUUUUUAAUCCUGAGUUUUUCCAGAACCUCAUCAUCUCCAUUCGAUCGUGUUCUGAUGACAGUGAUGAAUAAACCAACCAGAGAUUAUUUCA